AUGUUUUGGAAGCUCACGUCUCUCUCUGCAUCAUCUCCUGUGGACUCGAUAUUAGACAAAGAGAAUUUCACGUUGGAGGAGCUUCUUGACGAGGAAGAAAUUAUUCAAGAAUGCAAGGCUUUGAAUAGCCGGCUCAUAAACUUUGUAAGGGAUAAAGCUCAAGUGGAGCAAUUGCUGCGGUACAUUGUUGAAGAGCCUCCAAAUGAUGCUGAGAGUAAACGUGCUUUCAAGUAUCCAUUCAUGUCUUGUGAAAUAUUUACAUGUGAAAUUGACGUUAUUCUGAAAACUUUGGUGGAGGAAGAAGAGCUGAUGGACUUGCUUUUUUCCUUCCUGGAACCAAAUCGUCCUCAUAGUGCGUUGCUAGCAGGAUAUUUUAGCAAGGUUGUGAUUUGCCUUAUGGUCAGAAAGACUGCAGCGCUUAUGAGUUAUGUAAAAGGGCAUGAAAAUGUUUUCUGCCAGUUGGUUGAUUUGAUUGGGAUAACAUCCAUCAUGGAGGUUUUGGUUCGCUUAGUCGGGGCUGAUGAUCAGGUCUAUCCCAACUUUCUGGAUGUGAUGCAAUGGCUGUCUGAUAGCAAUUUACUUGAAAUGAUCGUGGACAAACUUAAACCAUCUAGUCCUUCAGAGGUUCAGGCAAAUGCAGCAGAAACAUUAUGUGCAAUUUCUCGGAAUGCACCGUCAGCUUUAGCUACACAACUCUCUAGCCCUGGCUUCAUUGCUAGGAUAUUUGGUCAUGCUCUUGAAGACUCACAUUCGAAAUUGGGUCUAGUUCACUCACUUUCAGUAUGCACCUCUCUGUUGGAUCCGAGGAAAUCUGCUGCUUCGCCAUCUAUGUUCAAUUCUUUUAGAGGUCAACAUAUGUUCGAGUCUCCUGUCCCAGUGUCUCAGGAGACUAUUGGUGCCAUGCUGCCCAAGCUCGGCGACUUGCUUAUGCUUCUCACUGUAGCAUCUGACAGCACUGUAUUGCCUACAACAUAUGGUGAACUGAGGCCUCCUCUUGGAAAGCACCGUCUAAAGAUUGUAGAGUUUAUCGCAGUUUUGUUGAGGACUGGAAGUGAAGCUGCAGAAAAGGAGUUAGUUAGUUCAGGAGCAAUUAAAAGAACCCUUGAUCUGUUUUUCGAGUACCCAUACAAUAACGCUCUGCAUCAUCAAGUGGAGAGUAUAAUACUUUCUUGUUUGGAAAACAAGAGCGAUUUGGUGGUUAACCAUAUUCUUCGAGAAUGCAAUCUGAUUGGCAAAUUCCUUUCUUCAGACAAGGACUCAGUUCUCUCAGGUGAUAGCCAGCCCACUGUAGCUGCCACUGGGAAAAAACCCCCUCGGGUCGGAUAUGUUGGACAUAUCACAAGAAUAUCAAACAAAAUUGUUCAGUUGAGUAACAGCAAUGGCCUGAUAAAAGCAUACCUUCAGGAAAACAGUGAAUGGAAUGAGUGGCAAGGUAGUGUACUGCAGGAGCGUAACACUGUUGAGAAUGUCUACAGAUGGGGAUGCGGGCGCCCAACUACUGUACAAGAUAGGACAAGAGAUAGUGAUGAAGAAGACAGGGAUUACGAUGUUGCAGCUCUGGCCAAUAAUUUAAGCCAAGCAUUUAGAUACAAGAUGUAUGGAAAUGAUGACAAUGAAGAGGACCACAAUGCUCUCGACAGAGACGAUGAUGAUGUUUACUUCGACGAUGAAUCUGCUGAAGUAGUAAUUUCAUCCUUAAGACUCGGAGAUGACCAAGGAAGCUUGUUUACAAAUUCGAAUUGGUUCACAUUCCAAGACGACAGAUUCGGCACCACACCCUCUGACACAGCAAUUUCCAACACGAUAGAGGACGUGGGAUUGGACAGAGCCUUUAAUGCGAAUAGUAGCAGCAGUGACGACGACGAGGUUGUGGUAGGAGAAGAAGACGAUGAUCUAACCAGAAAUCCGAAAGACAACACGAUGAACAUAACUGAAACCAACUUCCAAACAGAGAGCCCGAUGGGUUUCUUCGACUUCAACUCGACAGAGAAAACCGAAGAAGCUUUCGCUGAGCAGCCACCGGAAUGGGUUGGGUGGGGCGAACCAUCAUCCGAACCCAUGCAAGUGAGUGGCACCGGUCUGAACCCAUUCAUCGAUGAUGACGAUGAUGACAGCAAGACUAUGAUGAAUCUCGACAUGCCAAUGCUCGAGGUUAAAAACGAUGCUGUGAUUGCAAACGGGUCGUCCCCAACAGAAAGAUCGUUGUUCGAGAAGGACGUGGAGUUUGUGGGAGUGGAAGCGGAAGGGACAGAGAAAGCGAUGGAUCAAGCUAUGAAAGAAGGGAUAGUAGGGGAAGCUGGAGCGAUGAAGAGGAACAACACGGAGGAGAUGGUAAUGGCUGAGGACCAAAAAUCAGAGGAAAGUUCGGGAGUGAAAGAGUUCAACGAUAACAACUUCUGGAAAGUGGAUCAAGAAGUCGGAGUUUUGGAGUGA